AUGGCGUUCCGUUGCGGACAAAAAUACGAGUUAAAAUAUUCAAUUCGAAGUCGAAUAUUUUGGGAUCGAAGUCGGGAAUACGAUAAUCGAAGUCCAAAAUACGAUAUUCGAAGUCCAAAAUACAAUAAUCGAAGUCCAAAAUACGAUAUUCGAAGUCCAAAAUACGAUAAUCGAAGUCCAAAAUACGAUAAUCGAAGUCGACUUUUUUUCAUCGAAGUCGAGAGGAAGUGA